AGGCAGGCAGGCAGGCAGACCUCUUCGGCUUCUUGUGCCUCUGCUCUCCUGCAGCUGCAAGGAUGGAGGUGGUUAGCCUGGCAAGUCGAUCUUCUGAGAUUCCCCAGCCUGAUGGAAAUCUGGAGAACACAAAGUCCAAAGAAAACUUCAGGAAUUUCAAGGAGGGGCCGCUGAUCGACCGAGUGCACCACACUUACCUGCUUAUGCACACCAACCAGACAGUGGAAUUUGUGCAGAAGAAGAAUGAAGAAUACGGUGGCUGCAACCUCCGUCAGAUGACCAUCAUGGAGGCCCUGGAGUUGCUGGACAAUGUGGUGGAUGAAUCGGACCCAGAUGUUGACUUCCCCAACUCCUACCAUGCCUACCAGACAGCAGAGGGCAUUCGGGAGAAACACCCUGAGAAAGAUUGGUUCCACCUGGUUGGACUGCUCCAUGAUUUGGGGAAGAUUUUGGCCCUGGCUGGUGAACCGCAGUGGGCUGUUGUGGGAGACACCUUUCCAGUGGGUUGCAAGCUCCAGGACUCCAUCAUCUUCAAGGACUCCACCUUCCAUGACAACCCCGACACGAGGAAUCCUCUGUAUACAACCAAGUAUGGGAUUUAUCAGCCCCACUGUGGCUUGGAAAAUGUCCUGAUGUCAUGGGGCCAUGAUGAGUAUAUGUACAAAGUGAUGAAGAAGAAUAAAUUUGCCCUUCCGGAGGAGGCCUUCUACAUGAUCCGGUUCCACUCGUUCUACCCCUGGCACACUGGAGGGGAUUACAUGCAUCUGUGCAAUGCCAAGGACCUCCAGAUGCUGCCCUGGGUUUCCCGUUGCAGCAAGUUUGACCUCUACACCAAGUGUGAAGAGCUUCCUGAUCCACAGAAGCUCAAACCCUACUAUGAAAGUCUCAUUGCCAAGUACUGUCCAGGCCAACUGUCCUGGUGACGCUCUGGACCACAACUGCUUUUGGCUCACUGCUCCGUCUUCCUUGGCAAUCUCCCAGCAGCAGCUGCUGUCCUCCAGAUGUGUUGGACAUCUACUUCCAUCAUCCCCACUUGGGAAGGAGAGGGCUUCUCUCUGUGUUACAUGGAACUUCAGCUUUUUGGCUCACAGUCUCAAGAGUGUUGUGGGGCAGCCAAGGACCACUGGCAGAAUUGCCAUUUCUACACAGCUUUUAGUGAAUUUUAUUCAUGCUGACCCAAGAGUGUUACCUUAACAUUAAUAAAAUGCUACUCAAAGUUC